AUGGUACCCCCACCUCCCACCAACAAGCCCCACGUGUGCCUGUCCACCAUCCUGAUCAUGAGCAGUAUGGCACUGAUUGAUGCCUACCUGGUGGAGCAGAACCACGGACCACGCAAGAUUGGUAUCUGCAUCAUGGUGAUGGUGGGAGACAUUUGCUUCCUAAUAGUCUUGCGUUAUGUAGCGGUGUGGGUGGGUGCUGAGGUGCGCACAGCUAAGAGAGGCUACGCCAUGAUCCUCUGGUUCCUUUACAUCUUUGUGCUGGAGAUCAAGGUCUACUUUGUGUAUCAAAACUACAAAGCGGACAGGAAGAGCUUGGACGCUCUUGCAAGGAAGGCGCUCACGUUGCUGCUGUCCAUCUGCAUUCCAGUGCUGUUUGUGGUGCUGGUUGCCAUCGACCACAUGGAGUACGUGCGCGCCUUCAAGAAGCGCGAGGAGAUCCGUAACCGUCUCUUCUGGGUGGUGGUGGACUUGCUGGACAUACUGGACAUCCAAGCCAACCUGUGGGAGCCUCAAAAGAAGGGGCUCCCUCUGUGGGCGGAAGGUCUGAUGUUCUUCUACUGCUACAUCCUUCUGCUUGUGUUGCCCUGCGUGUCCUUGAGCGAGAUCAGCAUGCAGGGCAUCAACAUCGUGCCCCACAAGAUGCUCUUGUACCCCAUCCUCAGCCUGGUGACCAUCAACGUCAUCACGCUCUUUAUCCGUGGUGGGAACAUGAUUCUGUACAGGGACGCCAGGGUAUCCGGGAUCCUGAUAGGAAAGAACAUCCUGGCCAUCAUCUUAAAGACCUGCAGCUUUGUGCAGUACAGGAGACAGUUACAGAACGCUCCUCCUGCCUUUGGCGUAGAGCUGCAGAAAAACUCGGUGGCCCACGCUCGCCCUGCCCCCACCCCUCCUCAAGUGGUCAUGCAGGACCAGACACCCCUCCCAGAGGUGACGACGUGUGAACACACAUGA